AUGAAAUUAUCCAAGAUUUUGAUUAUUGGUAUCGUCUUAUCAGCAUGUUCCAUUUUGUCGGUGAACGGAGAAAUUCAAGACGAUAAUGAAAAUAAAGUUAAACGUGAAGAUUUCAGACCAGGUCAAAUUAGAGGUAGGCAUCGUCGUAAAAUCGGAGGCUCUCAUGAGAAACGUCAAGAGUACAGACCAGUUAAAUCUGGACGUGCGAUUAAUCGUAAUGACGGAAACCAAGGCGGAGGCUCUCGUGAGAAACGUCAAGAGUACAGACCACCAGUUAGAUCGAGACCUACGGUUCAUCGUAAUGACGGAAACCAAGGUGGAGGCUCUCAUGAGAAACGUCAAGAGUACAGACCAGUUAAAUCGGGAC